AUGUGCUAUUAUAAUCAGUCAGAGCUAAUUAUUGCAAUAACUCGACCUUUGGACAAGCGACCAAUCUACAUUGGUGUUAUCAGCUCGAGCGAGGUUUCGCAAUACAACAGUUUGUUUUUGUUCCUCAACGGCCUGCGUGCAAGCAUUACCCGUAUCACGCCAGAAUUGAAUCCCGAGUCCAUCAUUAAUGCUAGCGCAACGAGUUUGGCUGGCUCAGGACUAGAAAGGUACGCCAGUCAAAUUGCUGAAGAGGAUACUCAGACGCCGAAGGUCACAUACUUGAGUUUGAUUGGAUGCAAAGAAACCUUUUAUGCUUUGAAUGAAGAAGAAGAUACAAUGGGCAAAUUCUACGAAACAAUUCCGCCAACCCUCUACACCUGGAUCCUAACCCAAAAGAUCUUCUGGGUGGCCACCGCACCGUUAUCAGGAACCGGUCAUGUCAACGUCUCUCCCAAGGGCGGCCCUUACUUCGGCCUUCUCGACAACAGGACCUUUUGGUAUCUAGACAUGACCGGUUCCGGCAGCGAGACAAUCAGUCACAUCUACGAGCCGGGCAAUGGUCGUGUCACGAUCAUGUUCAAUGCCUUUGAAGGUCCCCCACGCAUCGUGAGACUGUGGGGGAAAGGCAGGGUAUUAGAAAACGGUGGCAAAGAAUUUGCAGACUUUGUGGAGCGGAAUCAUGUUCAGCUUGUGACAGGAACGAGGUCAAUUAUUGUGGUGGACGUGCAUCAGGCUGGGUCAUCGUGUGGGUUUUCGGUGCCGUUUUAUGAGUUCAAGGAGUUUCGGGAGACGUUACUUGAGUAUAAUGGUAGAAAGGAGAAGAAGUAUAAGGAGGGAAAUGAGGGGGAGAGUUUUCCAAGGUACUGGGCAUCGAAUAAUACAUGGUCCAUGGAUAACCUUCCUGGAAUGAAGACCGCACUGGUAGUCAGUUCAGAGGAGAAAAUUGUUCCGACGACCAAAAUGGUCGGCCCACUGGCACCGAAAAAUCUAGGCAUACCGAGCCGAGGCCUCUUACUAAAUCAACGGCCAGCUGCUAGUUUGCAGCCUUCUUUGCUGUUACUUGUUGCUUUGUUGAGUUUUAUAAUGGGGGUUUGUGCUACGUUGUUUGUUGGUAGUGAGAAUGUUAUGGAUCGUUUUGCUACCUAUCUUUAA